AUUGGGGUGUAAGGGAGGGAACUCUGUUUUCAACCAACAUAAUCUAAUUUUUGAACUUAGACAGUCGACAUAUUUUUAAAACGGAAAGGAAUUAUUGCCAAUUUAGAUACACAAAACACCACUCUUCGGUUUAAAUUGAAAUUGGUUUCCGUGUCACCAUUUUGAAAUUAGAUCAACAGCAAAAGAUUCUCUCGAAAAAAAUUUGAUUUGACACACCGUGUCAAACAAAAUGGCGCUAUCAGGUUCUAAUAUUUUUUCCCAUUUGACAUUGUGCUGGAAUUCAUAGGCUAGUUCAUACAAAUACAAUUACAAGUUAUAUUCGUUCAUUUGAAACGAAGGCGAUAUUAUUUAUGGAUAUGUCUAUUAGAUAGGAUUCGAAGCCUAAGCACGUUUCUAAUUCAACAAUUUUCACUGUCUUCCGGUCACGUUUUCCGGCGUGGUUCCCCCUUGUCAGUGAUGCAGGACGGAGGGCCUGACAAGGACAGCUGUCUAGUCCUUCAGAUGAGACGAAAAACCGAGGUCCCGUUUAUACAUUGGAAUGCACGUAAAAGAUCCCUUGGCAGUUGGAAUUCGAUAUAAGAGUAGGCGAUAGUGCCGCUGCCCGGGCAAAAUUUCCCUCAUAGCACACUGUAUGGCGUAUGCCCGUCUUCAUUAGCCAAGGUUAGGCGCAGAACAGUAGGACGUUAAACCCCAUUUCAUUUCAUUUCACUUCCGGUCACGUACCUGUCUGUAUUAUUAGGUCUAUUGAGGCUAUUGAUAUUCCAUGAAAUUGUGUCCUAAAUUAAACCGCGACUCCCGUGUCUGUGGUAGAAUAAAAUUGCCAGCGGAAUACGAUGACCCCUCCAACACCUUUUGAAGUCUUGAGAUGAUAUGUGCAGCCCUAUUUUUCAUCGAAGAGAAAAAUGUGAUUCCGGUUCCUAUGAUUAUGAACAAUCUUUUUAAACUGUUUUUUUUUUUCUCUUUAAGUAGACCUAUUGAGUAUUGUAAAUGUAGACCAAGGUUAUAUAUAAUUAAUGCAUAAACUGGUGAGACAAAAAUAAAAUUAUUUACACAAAAUAUGUACGGUAUACAUUUUUGUAGCCUUUAACUUUUAAAGUACUCAAAACUCUAAUAAUAUCAAAACCAUGUGAUCCCAAUUAAGCAUUUUCCGACGUGAUUUAAACUUGACAGUGGUACAGGACAGAGGGCCUGACAAGGAUAGCUGGCUGGUCGUUCGAUUUGAAUGAAAAACCGAGGCCCCAUGUAUACAUUGGCAUGCACUUAAAAGAUCCCUUAGUAGUUUGAAUUCGAUAUAAGAGUAGGUCAUAGUGCCACUGUCCGGGCAAAAUUUCCCUCAAACCACACUGUAUGGCGUAUGCCUGUCUUCAUUAGCCCAGUUGGAGCAGAACAGUAGGACGUUAAACCCCAUUUCAUUUCAUUUUUGGUGAAUGCCUGACCCCCAGGGGCUGAGCCACACCCAUUUUUUCUUGUGUGUAGCCAACAAGCCACAAUUUUUAAUGGAACUUGAUAUUAAGUAUUUCUUAUAGCCUAAAGACAGCAACUAUUGAUUUUGAUGCAUGUUCCGACUCCUAGGGGCAGAGUCACGCCAAAUUUUUCUGUUUUAGUAUACUGGCCACAAUUUUGAAUGGAUCAUCUUCAAAAUUGGCAUAUGUAUUCGUUAUAGCCUAACGGAGGCACUAUUAAUUUUGGUGAAUGUCCCAAACCCAGGGGCACACCCACCCUAUUUUUUGUGUUUAGCGCCCGAAGGUCAAAAUUCUGAAAGGAUUAUCUUGGAACUUGGUAUACUUUAAAUUCAUUAUACCCUAAUGAACGUAUAAUGUGGACGUAUAAUUGCAGCGAUAGCGAUGCUCUUGUUUGUCAAGACACAUGGCUUCACACUGUUCUCUAGAAGGCAUGUUCAAGAUGAGAAAAUUCCUCCAUUUAGACAUUAAUUUUGCAUAAUUCCUUUCAUUUGUAAGUCAAGAGAUUGCAUGUCUACAACUUACCAAGAAGGCUACUACCAGGAUAAGUAAAGGAGAUGGUAGACAAGGUUGUAAAAAGUCGAAUAAACUGAACAAACAACAGAAUACAUGUGUUUCAUUAGAUGUAUUACCAAUGGAUCAAAAAAUAGGACAUGAUAUUUACACUAAAAGACUUAAAACUUUUGCAGCAGGUCUCUUUAAUAAUGUUAAAUACAGUGAUGUAGUAAUUUUAUUACAAGGGCGUAAAAUGCCCUGUCAUAAAAUAAUCCUUGCUGCUCAAAGUGAUGAAUGGAAGAAUAUCAGUCAAUUAAGUGUUCUAGAUUUAACAGAUAUAAAAUUUCAAGUGGCCUAUACUAUGAUAAGGUGGAUUUAUACUGAUGAAAUUAAAGUUAAGAUGGAUGUCGAUUUCUUUCUUGAUCUCUUGAAGGUUGCAGUUAGGUUUAAAUUAGAAUCUCUACAUAAAAGAUGCCGAGAUGCUAUAGUUACCAUGAUAAAAGUUGAUAACAUUACAAAAAUCCAGAAAAUCUCUGAAGAGAUAGGUGACCAGACACUUGCAGAUAUUUGUAAGAAAUUCAAUGCUGAUAUAUUGACUAGUUCUAUUUCAAGUAAUAAGAGUAAUAAGAAGAACGUUAUACCAUAUGGAGUAAAAUCUAAAUCUAAAACAGACAAUAUGGCUGACCAUAUUACACGACCAUUGAGAUCAUCUAAAAGAUCUAGUACCUUCACACAUAGUCCUAAUAAUCCCAAAGCCGUUGGUUCAAACAAUGAAACAGAAGUAACUACAAAUGCAAUUAAAGUAAACCUAAUGCCCUUAAAUACUGUAAAUGAUGCUCCUCUGGAAAGAGAAGUGACUUUGGUUACAUCUAAUGAAUCUGUAGAAAAUGUAGUUGCUGAAGUUUCGGGUCCAGCCAAUGUCAAUAAUGCUGUUCAUGACUCGUGUGAAGAAAUAGAAGGGGUUCUAAUCACACCAAACAAAGCUAUAGAAAGUGAAGAUGUAGAAGGUCCAUGUCAUAAAAAUGUAGAAAUGAGAAGUGAGACUGCUAAAGAUAAAACAGCAAAUGAAGAGAAGGCUACUCUUUUGAAAAAAUUGGAUGGGGAGGGAAAUGACAAUGUGGCACGUAAAUCUCUGCGUACAAGUACAAAGCUUAAAGGCAAACCAAUUCUUCUUGUGUUAAACAAAAGAGCUAAAAAAGAUUCUGUUGCCAUCCAAAAAAUCAUCGAUGCAAGUACAAAAUUUAAUGAAAAGCAAAUUGUUAUAGCAGAACAAUCAACCAUCAUAAAUAAAAAGAACCUUGAUCCAUUAACAAAGAGAAAAUUAAAAGAAGAACGUAGAAAAUUAAAGAGAAGAAAAGAGGUUCUUAUCAAGAAUUUAGAAAAGGGUAUAACUAAUGCAAGAAAACCGUAUAAAUGUUCAUUUUGUGACGUAUGCUUCCGCUUUGAUCACACACGGAAGGAACAUGAAAAUAUUCACACUGGAGAGCGACCGAAUGUAUGUGAACAUUGUGGUAAAAGCUUUCGAGAGAAGGCCAGUCUGGUUCGUCAUUGUAGAAUACACAAUACCGAUAAAAAGUAUUCUUGUCACAUGUGUGAUAAAAAAUACUCUAGGGAAAGUUUCUUAAAUAAACAUAUAAAAUAUCAUAUAGGUGAACGCAAACAUAAAUGUACAGUUUGUGAUAAAGGUUUCUUGUAUCCAAGAGGAUUGGAAACUCAUAUGGCAAUUCAUACCGGGGAUAGAAACUGGUCUUGCCAUAUAUGUGGAAAAUCUUACAGAAGAGUCUCAGGCUUAAAUUACCAUCUGCAAAGUCAUGCAAAUAUUAGACCUUUCCAUUGCGAUCAGUGUGAUAAAUCAUUUUUAACUAAACGUGGUUUGGCAUUGCACCUACAAAGUCAUUCUGAUGAAAGACCUUACAUAUGUGACAAAUGUGGAAGUUCUUUUAAAUAUCAAACUAAUCUUUUUGAACAUUGUAGAACUCAUACAGAAGGCAGACCAUAUAAAUGUGAAGUCUGUAAUAAAGGUUUCAAUGUAAAGAAAUAUCUUAAGAGACAUUAUGAGUUCGCAUGUGGUAAGUUAAGGUCAGGGAAUGGAAAUAAGGAAAGUCAAAAGCUGGAAACAGAAAAUGAAUCAUAUGAAAUACAUAUAGCAGACAAUGAUACAGAUAUGGGUGUGUUAGAUCCUGGUACUAUUAUUCAUGUUAUUGAUGGUAAAUUGGCUGAUGAAGCAAUGUAUACGGAACAAACUUUCACCACAAAUCCUCUAUGAUCUCCACAAUUUUGUACAUAAUAAACUGAAACCAAAUUUGCUUGUGAGUUUUCUUGUUUUGCAACAUGUAUACUCGUAAUGAAUUUUGGAAUAUAUCGUGUUAAUUUGGCGUUCCACAAGAACAUAGAAGUAGUAAUAAAACUAGUGUUCUUUAAUAAUUUAUUAUAGAUUUGAUCAAUUUAAAUGAUUAGAAAUUAAAGUAAACAUUAUAAACAAA